GCCGGCUCCGUCCGCCCGCCCUUCCCGGAUCCCGACAUGGCGGAGUAUUCCUGCGUCAAAUCCACCAAGCUCGUCCUCAAAGGCUCGAAAGAGAAGAGCAAGAAAAAGCACAAGGAAAAGAAAAGGAAAAGGGAAGAGGAUGCGGCAGAGCAGCUCGAUAUUGUUGGAAACUGGUGGGCUGUCAGUAAUUUUGGUGAAAUUACAGGAACUAUAGCUAUAGAAAUGGAUAAAGGAGCUUACAUCCAUGCCCUUGACAACGGCUUGUUUACACUUGGAGCACCACAUAAAGGUGAUGAAGGCCCUAGUCCUCCUGAGCAGUUUACAGCAGUUAAGUUAUCUGAUACAAGGAUUGCUCUCAAGUCUGGUUAUGGCAAAUACCUUGGUAUAAACUCAGACGGGCUCGUUGUUGGACGUUCCGAUGCAAUAGGAUCAAGAGAACAGUGGGAACCUGUCUUCCAAGAUAGGAAAAUGGCAUUACUAGCAGCAAACAGCCGUUUUAUCAGGUGUAAUGAGGAGGGGGACAUCGAAGCCAAAAGCAAAACUGCAGGGGAAGAAGAAAUGAUAAAGAUUCGUACUUGUGCUGAAAGAGAAGCUAAGAAGAAAGAUGACGUUCCACAGGAAGACAAAGGAAAUGUUAAACAGUGUGAAAUCAAUUAUGUGAAGAAAUUCCAAAGUUUUCAAGACAAAAAGCUUAAAAUAAGCAAAGAAGAUACAAAAGCCCUUAGAAAAGCCAGAAAAGAAGGCACUUUUCAUGAAAUGCUACUUGACAGGAGAGCUAAAGUGAAAGCAGAUAGAUACUGCAAGUGACAUCCAGCUGGCCCAUUUUCUUCUGCAACUUUGAUGGCAGCAUCAAAUUGAAAAAGAGUAAAAUAUUUUAUAGGUGUUUUUUAUUUAAAGCAUUUUUUAAGUAUCUUGAGGAAUUGUAUUAAAAUUUUCUCAAAUAUUAAUAAUCCAGUUAUCUUGUUAACUGUAUAAUUUGUGAAUACUUGGCUUGUAUGAAGGGAAUGGCUCCAACAAAAAUUAAAGGUAAAUCAGUUAAUGGUAAGUUAUUUGCCAUGUAACAAAAGCCCUGGGAGACAGACUGUGCACUGAUUAAGUCCAGAGAGAAAGCUCCCUGGCUUUUAGUUGCUUUUAGGACAAAAUUUAGAAAUAAAUAGAUUAUUGUAUGCAGAUGUUCCUGGCCAGAGUCAGGAAUUCUUGGAUAAAAAUGCAGCAAUAGCUGUGAGGUGUGCUGUGGCAGAGAGGGAGAAAAAAAGUUACUGAUUUUUAUCCAGAGCUCCUUGGUUUGGCCUAGGACUGGGGAUUAGGGCUCAUUAACUCAUUGCUGUAGGUACCACACUACACAUCCCUCCCUAGAAAUGUGACUGAUGUACAGCAAGCCAUUGGAAUAUCACAGUGCUGCUGUGGCCUGCUGCCAAAAUUACUCUCAGAAACAGCAGGAAGCAAACAGCACUGCAAGGAGCAGGCUGCAGCCCAGAGUAACUAUUUAUUGCAAGUUCAGUGCAGGUCUCAUUGAUCCACAGUCACAGUGAAACUUAAAUACAUCUGAAGUGAACACUGAUGGUGGAGGUAGAUUGAUAUUACAGCAUCUGUUUUUCUUUCAAGAAUAUAUUGUUCGAAUAAAGACGCACAGAACCCACAAAAA